ACCUCUUCUCUUCAUGACUGGCAAACUCUCGCACCACUUCUUCCACCACUGAGUGCAAACUAAACAUCAAGGAUAAUGUUACCUUGUUCCAAUUUAGCUGUGAUCCUCUGUCUCCUCCAAGUUCUCUGUAUUACUGCUGACAUUGACAGUAGCUCUUUCCUGAUCUUCAACGAGGACCACAACAAGUGCGUUACAGUGGAGAGUGCCACAUCAUUAACUUUGCAACCUUGUGAUCCUCAUGCCAAAGAGCAGAAGUUUCGUUGGGCUUCCCAGUUGCGCCUCCUCAGUCUGUCCCUCAAGCUCUGUCUGGGGGCAACAGAGAUAAAAGACUGGGUUAAGGUGCUCCUCUUUGAAUGUGAUGAGAACAGUGACCUCCAGCACUGGCAAUGCAAGAACGAGACUCUCUUUGGCCUAAAAGACCAGGACCUCCACUUAAACUGGGGCAACCGAAAUGAGAAGAACAUAAUGAUCUACAAAGGCUCUGGCGUUUGGAGUCGCUGGAGGAUAUUUGGCACUCGGGGUGACAUUUGUUCAAAGGGAUAUCAAGAGAUUUUCACAUUAGGGGGCAAUGCAUUUGGAGGCCCUUGUCAGUUCCCUUUUAAGUUUGCGGAGAAGUGGUACGCUGAAUGCACAAAGGACGGUCGACCAGAUGGACAGCUGUGGUGUGCCACAGAGAAAGAUUACAAUAAGGCAAAGAAAUGGGGCUUUUGUCCCAACCAAGCAUCCUCAGGUUGGGACACUGAUCCAGUCACAGGGGUUCAGUAUCAGAGGAACGCACAGUCAGUGUUGACCUGGCAUCAGGCCAGAAAGAGCUGCCAGCAGCAGGGAGCUGACCUCCUCAGCAUUGUAGAGCUACAUGAGCAGUCAUACAUUUCAGGGUUGACAAAUUCUUUCGGAACAUCGCUGUGGAUUGGAUUGAACAGCUUGGAUUAUGAGAGUGGAUGGCAGUGGAGCAAUGGAAAUCCAUUUAGGUAUUUAAACUGGGCCCCAGGUCAUCCGUCAUCGGAGCCUGGGCUUACAUGUGCAACCCUAAAUGCUGCAAAAGCCUCAAAAUGGGAGAGCAGCACUUGCACCAAGAAACUUGGUUACAUUUGUCGCAAAGGAAACUCUACCAGCCUGCCCGCACCACCAAGCAAAGACCAGCCCAGUUUCUGCCCCAGUCACUGGGUUCCUUAUGCCGGUAACUGUUGGUACCUGGAGAGGAAUAAAAAGAUGUGGAGGGAUGCUUUGGCUGCAUGCCACAAAGAUGGAGGAGAUUUGGCCAGCAUACACAAUAUAGAAGAGCAGAGCUUCAUCAUAUCUCAGUCUGGGUAUUUACCGACAGAUGUGCUCUGGAUUGGCUUGAAUGAUCAGAGGAACCAGAUGCUGUUUGAAUGGUCCGAUCACUCCCACGUUACCUUCACCCAGUGGCAAACUGGUGAGCCAUCUCAUGCCACCAACCUCCAGGAAGACUGCGUCCUCAUCAGAGGAAAGGAUGGGAGUUGGGCAGAUCACAUGUGUGAAAAGACAUAUGGGUAUAUCUGUAAGAAGAAAGCCUCCACUAAUCCAGCUGAAGGCACCCAAGAGGAAGCCAACCCUGGAUGCAAGCUAGGCUCAGUCAGGUUUGGUUCACACUGUUACAAUAUUGGAUCUGAGAGAAAAACGUUCGAUGGGGCAAAGCGGGCAUGCUCCGAGGCUGGCGGUAACCUGGUGGAUGUGGCUGACAGAUAUGAGAAUGCCUUCCUGGUCAGUUUGAUGGGUUUAAGACCAGAGAAGUACUUCUGGACUGGUUUUUCCAACACAGUAGACAGAAACACUUUCCAGUGGACCACCAGAAGAACGGUCACGUUCACUAAUUUCAAUGUGGGAAUGCCAGACAGAAAACAAGGAUGUGUUGCCAUGACAACUGGGAUUUUUGCUGGAUUAUGGGAUGUUGUCAGCUGCAGCAACAACGAGAAGUAUAUCUGCAAGAAACCAGCGGAGGGUGUACAGAUGACAACAGUUCCACCCACCACCCCAGCCCUGAGCUGUGCACUUGGAUGGACCCCUGCUGGUAAAAGGAACGUCUGCUACAAGCUUUACAAAAAAAAAAAGGACCUUAAGAAGACAUGGCAUGAAGCGCAGAACUUUUGCAAGGCCAUUGGUGGGGACCUGAUGAGCAUCCACAGUAUGCAGGACCUAAGCAAUGCUCCGUUUCAUGCCUCUGAUGCAGCUUGGAUUGGCUUCAGCUCCAUGGGUACCAAUAAAGGUUUUGUCUGGACUGAUGGCUCUGCUAAUGGCUUUGAGAACUGGGGCUUUGGGGAACCAAACAACUACAAUGACAACGAACACUGUGCAGAAGUCCAGUUUUACUACGGACGGCACUGGAACGAUCGGCACUGUGAGGCCUACAAUGACUGGAUUUGCCAGAUACGCAAAGGUGUGACUCCCAAACCUGAGCCUGCCGUAAUUGCACCAGUAUACAACACCACAGAAGAUGGCUGGGUCAUAUACAAUGACACACAAUAUUUCAUCAACACUGACAACCUAGCUAUGGAAGCUGCCAGAGCCUACUGUAAAAAAAACUUUGGUGAACUUGUGGUCAUCACAGGGGAAAGUGAGAGGAAGUUCCUUUGGAAACAGAUAUCGAAAGGCACAGAAGGACAGUACUACAUUGGCAUGGUAGUGAAUUUGGAUAAGACAUUUAGCUGGCUAGAUGGCACCCCUGUAACGUACACUGCAUGGGAACAAAAUGAGCCCAACUUCGCUAACAAUGAUGAAAACUGUGUGACUAUAUACAAGAGCAUGGGGUACUGGAAUGAUAUUAACUGUGGUAUGGAGCUUCCCUCUAUUUGCAAAAGAAGCAGUAGUUUUAUCAAUACAACAAUGGCCCCCACCCCUAUUCCUAAGGGAGGAUGCGCACCAGAGUGGCUAUCUUUCCAAGGAAAGUGCUACAAAAUUGCUGUGGGAAAUGACAAUAAGAACUGGCAGGACGCUAGGACGUACUGCAUAAACCAGGGAGGAAAUCUGGUUUCUAUCGUCAACGAGAAAGAGCAAGCUUUCUUAACAACACAGAUGCUGAGAUACAAUGAAGAUUUUUGGAUCGGUAUGAAUGAUGUCAACUGGGAGAUGCACUUUGUGUGGACAGACGGCAAAGGCAUUUCAUACACCAACUGGGCCAAAGGGCACCCAACAACAGUGCCUGAUGGACGUUAUUCAUUAAUGGAUGAGAUGUUUGAUUGUGUGAUUAUGGUGGGCAGCAUCUCCAAACUAACAGGAUUCUGGAAAGUGGAAGACUGUCUCUCAAAAAAAGGAUUCAUCUGUAAAAGAAACAUUGAUUCUCAGAUUGUAGUCCCACCCACCACUGUGUUACCAAAGGCUUUCUACAAGCUUGGCAAUGAUUCCUACAAACUGGUGGCCCAGAGGAUGAGAUGGGAUGAGGCGAGGAGGCAGUGCCAAGCAGAUGAUGCAGAAUUGGCCAGUAUCCUGAACCCCGUAACCCAGGCAUACAUCACCUUGCAGAUUUCCAAGCACAAUGAGCCUGUGUGGCUUGGCCUCAACAGCAAUGUGACUGACGGUCGGUUCAAGUGGGUCGAUAACUGGCUUCUGUCCUACACCAAAUGGGGCACAGAUGAGCCUAAAAACAACUAUGGCUGUGUGUAUAUGGAUUUGGACAGAACGUGGAAGACUGCACCAUGUACUAAUACGUACUAUUCCCUUUGCAAGAGGUCACCAGACAUAGCCCCCACUGAACCCCCGCAGCUUCCUGGCAACUGUCCAGAACCGAAGAAGCGAAAAACCUGGAUACCUUUCAGAAGCCAUUGUUAUUCCUUCCUCAGCUCAGUAGUGGACAACUGGGCACAUGCCUCAGUUGAAUGCCUGAAAAUGGGUGCAUCUCUGGUGAGUAUUCAGGACCCUCAAGAGAGUCUGUUCAUACAAAAGAACCUGGAGCUUCUGCAGGACGGUGCCAAAACCUUCUGGAUUGGCCUGUACAAGACCCAUGAAGGUGAGUGGAUGUGGAUCGAUAACAGCGUUGUGGACUAUACCAACUGGAAAACAGGGAUGCCAAAGUCAGAUUCAUGUGUGGACAUAAAUUCUGACAGUGGACAGUGGAGUACAAAUAGCUGCAGCAGAUAUAGGUCUUACAUCUGCAAAACACCCAAAGUUAUUACACCUACAGAAAAGCCUCCACCUGUUGCCCACGUCGUUAAAGAAGCCUCACAUGGGUCUGCUGGCAUCACUGUGGCUAUAGUGCUUGUUGUUAUUGCCAUAGUUGGACUUGGCUCCUUCCUCCUCUUCCGUAAACGGAUACCCACCCCUGUCUUGGGAGAAUGCACCUUUGACAACAAGUUAUAUUUCAACAGUCCGAUCCGAGCCGCAGUAGACACCAAGGGUCUGGUGGCAAACAUAGAGCAAAAUGAAAAAGCAUAGAAAAAGCAUGAAAAUGAUAUGAUCAGAGAUUUUCAUCUUGGUGUGAUACUUUAUUUUGGGUCACUUUACUGGGAACUGAAUCUCAACCAGCCAAAAAUGAGUUUUCCCUUUUUACAGAGGACCGAGUCAAAGAUGAUGAUGAUCAUAAUUAUUAUACAAUAAUUGAUGCAAGCACUGGCAGUGCACCAAGUGAAUUACAGACAAGAUAAUAUAAGUGAACAAUCUAUAAAAUAUUACCAUCAUUAUGUGAUUUGUGAAAUGUGUAAAGAUUUAUUUUUUUUACCUUUACCAAUCAACAUAAUCAAAAACAUUUGUAGACCAGACACAUGUAAAAAAAAAAAAAAUCAAGAAAGGAGAAGAUUUUUUUUUUUUUUUUUACUGCCAUUAGCCAGGUUCUUCUCAACUGGGUUGCUCUUUAUUAUUCUCCAUGGGCUGUUCAUCAGCCUAUUUCUGUCUUACGACAUU